UGUUUUCCGGGUUUGACUCAACAUGAAGAGAGGCGAGGCGGCGGCGCACCUGGAGGGCGGAAACACACAUGAUCCCGAGCCAAACAACUCCUGAGCAUCUGCUGUGGACACGCGGCGACCAACCCGCUCUGCGUUUCCGUCGCUGGACAUCCGCUGUUUGCAAGCAUGGGGAACUUGAUCAAGGUGUUGACGAGAGACCUGGACAACAACACUGGCAACUUCUUCCUGGACUUUGAGAAUGCCCAGCCAUCGGCUGCAGAGAAGCAUGUGUGGGAGAAGGUGAACGAGGUUCUGACGGAGGCUCUGGUGAUCCUGGAUGACCUGCAGGCGUAUAGAGGAGCCGGAGAGGAAAUCCGACAGGCCAUUCAGAGUCCAGGAGAGGAUCCAGUCCAGCAGAGGGCCUGGUCCGCUGUAGUUCCACUUGUCGGGAAACUGAAGAGGUUCUAUGAGUUCUCCCAGAAGUUAGGUCCAGACCUCCUCAUGAAUGAGCGGUCAGUGCACACCAGUUCACUGCAGAACUGA